UGAAGUCGUCUCUUGCUCGGUCGCGACACGAAAUACCUCGCAGCUUUCAUGGUGUGGACUGUGGAGCAGUGGCAGUGGACUCAGUGUAGUUGUGGACUAGUGUGGUGCUGUCGUUGUGGCAUCGGCUUGGCCAUCUGGAAUCAGGCUACCUUUGGACGACUGGGCUCUCUCUCCCGCGGCAUCAUAGCAGCAACUGUUUUUAUUUAGCUUGGUGGCUGAUUCUCUUGAAGCAGUCAAAUAUUCAGGCUCACUGAAGGCACUGUACUGGGUUGGUUCAGUAGCUGAGCAUCAGCAGCUACUGCCUGCGUAUGUCGGAGGCGAAAUACGUGACGUGACGGUGUAGACUCGACUGGAAUGCCACUGACCAGUCUGUGAAAAUCAUGGCCACGGAUCUGUUUUUAGGCAUUGACGUCGGCUCGCAGAGUGCUCGUACUGUGCUGGUCGAUGUCCGUGGCAAGGUGCUGAGCACGGCUGAGCGCGCUGUGAGUGUAUUUGUCGAUCCAUCGAAUCCCAACAUCGUCGAGCAAUCGUCAGCUGAGAUAUGGCAAGCUUGUGUAGAGGCAGCAACCAGUGCGAUUUCGUCUGCCCAGCAGUCGCCUCAAUGUGCGGCAACCGGACGGCCAGCUGGAGACUUUCGAGAGUGUGUGCGAGGCGUUGGCUUCACGUCCACAUGUUCCACCCUGGUCCUGGAUGCCGACUGCCAUCCUCAAUGCGUCAGCCCGGCGGCGGCGGGGAAUCCCCACCACGACGUCAUCAUGUGGAUGGACCACCGUGGCGAAAAGCAGGCGGCAGCUGCACGGCACAGCAGCAAGUUGCGCGAGGUGUCGGCGGACGCUCCGGAUCCGUUUUGGCUGACCGCUGAGCGUCACGCAUGCAAACUUCUCUGGCUGAAGGAGAACAUGCCAGACGUGUACGCAGCAACUGCACACGUCCUAGAUCUGAGCGACUGGCUAGUGAUGAAAGCAACUGGCGCGUCGGACUCGUCGUUUCCGCGCUCCCUCUGCGCGCUGACGGCCAAGUUCAAUUACCGCCAUGACGACAACAGGGCGGGCGUUAACACGGCUAUAGCGGCGGCACAGGGGUGGCCUCGCUCCGCAUACGCCGCGGCCGGUCUGGAAGAUCACGUCGCGGACGACUUUCAGCGUCUCGGCCAGCUGGUGCAGCGGCCUGGCACGGCGGUAGGGCAGGGGCUGUGCGCCGAGGCGGCCCGCGCAUUUGGUCUUGUGCCGGGCACGGCGGUGUCCGCGUCGCUGAUAGAUGCCCACGCCGGUGCGCUGGGUGUUCUUGGCGUCAGCGUUGGCAAAAGCACGGCCACCGCAGCGGCAGAGGAGCAGUCGUCGGAGGGCUUCUGCGGACGCGCGGCGCUCAUCUGCGGUACGUCCACGUGCCUGAUGGUGGGGAAGGCGAGCGGACCCGGCUGUUACAUCAUGCCGGCCGGCUGGGUGCACGAGAGCGGGCAGAGCGCCGUGGGCGACCUGCUUCACCACAUCGUCUCGCGCCAUGCGGCGGUCGGCCAGCUGGACGAGUACGGCGACGGGGACGUGUUCACCAGGCUCAAUCGCUACGUUCUGCAGCUCGGCGGGGACCAGUGGCCGCUUCUGGCCGCCGACGUUCACGUCCUGCCCGACUUCCGCGGCAACCGGGCGCCGCUCGGCGACGACAGCAUUCGUGGCAUGAUCAGCGGACUGUCGCUCGACUCCGGCCUGGAAUCGCUGGCCCGGGUCUACGUGGCCACGCUGAUCGGACUGGCGCUCGGCGUGCGCUUCAUUUUCGACAGCAUCGCUCGGCGCGACGAGGCCGACACGGCGCUGCCGGAGCUGCUGAUUGCCUGCGGCGGUGUCGCGCUGAAGAACGAGCUCUACCUGCAGGCGCACACCGACGCUGUGAGCAUGCCGGUGGCGGUGGCAUCGGAGAAGGAGUCCGUUGCCCUUGGCGCGGCCAUGUUGGGGGCGGCCGCCAGCGGCACAGCCUCGCUGUCCGAGUGCAUGAAGCGGAUGGCGCCGCGGGCUCGGCUCGUACGGGGCUGCGGCUGCCGGGACUUCUUCACGCGCAAGUACGCCGUGUACCUCGGCCUGCUGAGCGAGCAGCGCAAAUGCCAGCGGCUAAUGCAGGCGAGCGAAACCGGCGUGUGUGCUGCGGCUACUGAAACACUACUUGAGAAUCUUCUAUCGUGAGCCCACACUCUGCCUGUCUGUGUGGUAAGCCGCUAUUCUUGCUUGUUGAGACUGCUUGGUGACAGAUGGCUUCAAAGCAGCUGACCUCAUUACGGGGAUAUUCUUCAUCAACAGUCGGUCCAUCGGGUAGAGAAUAGAGAUGAAUUCCAGUGCACACACCAGGAAGAGAAACACCAGGGAACGUCUCAUCUCCUGCUACUGCUAUGGUUACACACAUGUAAUGUUGAAUGCCUAGAUGGCUCCUUCAACGAACCAGACAGAAUGGCUCAUUUAUAGUGAGUUCAAAUGGGCUGCUGGUGCCUGAUGGAGUGGGAUAUGUGCCUAUUCGUCGCGUGCUUUCUGCCCUAGGAAUCUGGCUCAGCUCUUUGACACAAGUGCACUGGCAGAGGUGCGUGCUCGUCGAAUUACAGCCAUUGCUAAUGCGGUGAUUCGGCACUCAACAUUACUUGCUGGCAUGUAUGGGAAGUGCAGAGACAACGUACACCCUACUUGCUAGUCUGUUAAUACUCUGGAUGCAUGUGCUUGUGUGCACUGCAAGCGCUGGGUCCUGCUGGCCAGGAACCCCUCGUGUGCGUCUUGGUCUCUGUGUUCAGCCACGCCAGUAUCUGUACAUGUACUUACGCAGUGUACAUCCGCUGUUGCACAAUGUUGCUGCUGCUGCUGCUGGUCAGCAUAGCCGAUUGUGGGCAUAUCGUUAGUCGCCGUACAACUUGAGCCUGCCCGGUCGCUCUCAGCAGCAAGUUGUUUGGAUCUCAGUGGUGCAUCUUGAUCUGCAUGCCUAAACCACUGGUGCUGCACACAGCAGCAGUUGCAUACUUGUAGAAGACCAAUUGCAGAGGCGUAGAAGCCGGUCCGUCUUUGGCCGGACCACCUUUUUUUUUUAAGACAAUGCCAAAAGGCAAAAGUGCCCCAAGUGCAGGAUUUUGCACCCUAAUUUCAAAAUGUUCACAGGGGAGACCCCGGAUCCCCCUCUAGCUGGACUACCUCCAACGGCGGUGCUAUGCGCCCGGAAUUGUGUUAAUAUAUCUAAGCCACAAACCUAUUUGUUUUUAUUUCAAGCUUUGCUUACUAUGCGGUCCGGCUCUCUGAUGAUUUGAAACUGAGGUUCGGUGCAGCUUGGUUCAUGCGAAAACCGCACUGUCGUAAAGAUCCGCCUGUUCUUCCACCUCAAUGUUUUACUUUGCUACUUUUUUAUUAUUGUCUUUGUAACCUAGGGCAGCCACGAGUCCGUUCUCUACUGACUGUGACGGUGUAGUCUACUAGUACGGGUAUGCAUCUCUCUGUAGGGCUUGAAAGUGAUGACGUCAAAACGGCCAGGGAGUAGUAAGUUGACAUCAGAUUUCUAUUUUUGGAUCCACCAAGGUGUGACUUUGCUAUUGCCUAAGUAUGUGGGUGCAUAGCAACCCACUCAUGUCGCAUGCAGGUGUGACUUUUGCUUCGCCACCAGUUGUAACCCCGCCCCCAGUAGCCAAAUCAGUCAGUUUCACUGGCUACAUCACCAUGCUGUGGGUAAGACCGCUUGAAAUGUGCUUGGAUCCUUACAAAAACUGGAUCCAAGUGGAUCCAGUUUUUGAAUUUUUGAAAUUGUUGCUAUAUGCUGUGACGUAGCACUUUCAAGCCCUAUUCGGAGCGCUCACCGACGUACAGUGAUACAGUUCAGUACAACAACGUACCCGAGGCUGGACAGAACAUACUGUGCGAUAUUUUAAAGUCCUAUUUUUGACCAAACACUAUCGACCGACCUUGCUCACAGGAUGUGCAUAGAGUCAUGAACGCGCAUUUGAUCCUGUUCAACGGCGUAACUUACUUUAUCUUUGGGGACCCUGCAUGCUUGCUAUAUCAGCUAUUUGACCUCUGGCUUGGGUACAGAGCAGGGAACAGUAUUAUACUACUCCCUGGUACACAGUGCCACAGCUUUACAGUGCAGAUUUCUACGGCCCUGGGAGAUUUCAGACCCACUUUUCGUUGUCGUUGGCUCUGACUGAGUACGCUAUCCCCAAGAGUGUGCAACUUCACUAUAGUAUGGAUGCUGCUGCAUCGGCAGAA